UUCCGUAGUUUCAGCCGGCUACGUUGGCAACAUGGCGUCGUCAGAUGUCCACGUCCGAAUAUGCGAACAAGAAAUACUCAAAUAUGACCUGGAAAUCAAGGCUCUCAUCCAGGUGCGAGUAUUUAUUUGGACAUUAUUGAGUGCACAGGACCUCAGAGCAAGCUGACAGAAAUGAACGCCGAUGUGAAAAAGAGUUUCCACAACCUCAGACAAAGGAUUCAGGACUUUGAGCAGAUGGCUUUGGAGCAAGACAGAGAGUCUGACAAGCAAGCUUUGCUCAGUUUGGUAGAAGGGCACAGAAAACAGAUGUCAAGUAACCAGACAGCUUGGAGGAAAGCCAACCUGGCCAGCAAAUUGUCCAUCGACAAUAUGGAAAAGCAGGCGCUUCUUAGUGGAUCCGAUAGCGCUGUGAGGCAGAGGAAGAUGACCAAAGAGGGCCUGGCCCAGACAACCAGCGACAUUACAGAAAAUCUUAUGAACAUCAGCCGGAUGAUGGCACAGCAAGUUCAGCAGAGUGAGGAGAGCAUAACGUCUCUAGCAACCUCAUCGAGAACAAUCCAGGAGACAAACGAGGAGUUUAAGACCAUGACGGGGACCAUUCAGCUCGGGAGAAAGCUCAUCACCAAGUACAACCGGAGGGAGCUGACUGAUAAACUGCUCAUCUUCCUGGCGCUGGCUCUCUUCCUCGCCACAGUGCUCUACAUCCUUAAGAAGAGACUGUUCCCCUUCCUGUAAACCAGGUACCUUUGAGGGGCUCUCCCAUUAAAACAUACAGUACUUUCCAUAGACAACGCGAACGAUUUAAACAACCCUGAACGCUGCGUCUCGUAUUACACUCGAGUGUCUGCUCAGUGGAAUUUGGACUGAUCACUUGACUGAACGUUGAUGCUGCUGAGAGUGACGUAUUGUCCGCAAAGAGGAAGGUAAAUUUGCACAGCUAUAGCUACAUGCAGCAUUUUACUUAUUUAAAACAUUUUAAUUUCUCACACUGAAGGAAAAAAUUGUUCUUCUGGGAAAAAAAGGUGCAAACUGUAUCAGAAGUCCUUCUUUACUUCAGUGCAGGUGAACAGUAAACCCUGUGUUUACAUAUGACACAAUGAACUAUUUUCAGUUGUUGUUUUAAAUAGUACAGAAAAAUCUGUUUGCAUAAUUUUAGAAUAAUCUGAUGAUCACAGAAAAAAGUCACUUUUAUUAGCAUAUCUGUCAUUAGAUAAUAUUCUAGUAAACAAUGCUAUUAAUUGCUGUUACUACGAGAAUGAAGUGAAUCCAUUGGAGGAACAUGCCUCUUCGGGAACAACUGCAUGACUGAACACGUCUGUGUUACAGGCAUAUUGUCCACAAUUUUUUUCUUUUUUUAAUCAUCCAAUAACAAACAAUCACUGUGCAAACUUUUUGUGAAAAUGCUAUUUAUGGCAGCAUACUGUAUAAUUACUGUAAGGUGUAAUUUAUGAUGCUAUUUUUGAAUAAUAGAACGUUGUAAUGCUUUUUAGCUUUACGAUUCAGGCCUAACUGCACUCACUCAGUUUGUGUUUCACUGGCUGGACAGCACUCGCACUGUGUAUGUGCACUUACAAUCGUCCCCAUGUUUUAUUCAGUCAGCAUGCAAAGCAAAAAAAAAAGGAACCCUUUAUUAAGUGUGAGAGUCUUCUCCAUCUCUGCUCAUGUCUAAGCUUUGCUCUGAGGCUGCAGCAGAGCAGAAAAGCUCAGAAAAGGAGAAGCAGUGUUCACACUGGCAGAGAUAGAACAGCAUGCAUCCCUGCCUUUCUUCAGAUAAGACCCGGAAAAGCAGAUUAUUCCGACCCGUUUCCCUCUCCCUUUCCAGUACGGGUGGAGGGUUAGGGGGGAUAUUUUUAGGUUUGUGCGGCGCUGUUAUCUGACGUUGCCUUUUCAACACCAUGCAGGGGAGGGUGGCCAGAGGAGCUACAUGACCUUGCUACCCUUUCUUUGCCUGGCGUUGCCGUUUUGUUUAAUAUAUGUAAAUGCUGUCAGUGUUGGUUAUUAAUAAACACAAAGGCUUCUGA